AUGGGGCGAGCAAGAGCCCUGGAUGACAACUGGUUUGGGGUCCAGGAUCCGCGAAAGAGGAAACAGAUUCAAGACAGAUUAGCACAAAGAGCGCGAAGGAAGCGCCUGGCAGAAGCCAAAAAGCCAUCUGAGGCACUCAGCAGCGAAGAACACGGAUGCGAGAGCGCCUCAGACAAGUCACCGCACAGCAUUACCACCGUUGGCAGUUUCGGUGGCGAGGGCAGCGUGACAGACGAGUCUCGUCGUCUCGUUGCGAUGGUACCUCGGCUGCCCUCGGGGCAACAAAUCAUGGUAGCGACAAACAAGGGAAAUUCUGGCAUCAUCGCCACGAUUUCCAAUUCCAUCUACGGAGCUCUGUAUCGAAAUGGCGCAAUGAUGGGCAUCUCUUGCGCGGUCUCUUGUUCGAGCAAGUCCUGCACAGUUGGCCCCGAAAUCCCCGAGUCAUUACGUCCCACCGAGCUACAACUGACAGUCGUGCAUCCUCGUUGGAUCGAUCGCUUUCCAUUCCCAAAAAUGAGAGAUAACGUGAUCACGCUGAUGGGUAUCAUCGACGAGGAGGAAUUUUUGGCCGACUUGUUCUGCCUCACAAGCUUUACCUUGGACUCUGGUGCAGCGCCAUGGGAUCCCAAAGCGUGGCGGAUUGGAAAAGAGUUCUCAGCAAAAUGGGGUUAUUUAUUCUACUAG